AUGGCUCCCUCAGUCGAAGACAUCCUCAACAAGGUCCCUUACGACCCGGAAGGGGUGCAAAGAGUCGCCCACCGUCGAGUCAAGAAUCCAAUUGAAAUCGUCGAACCAGAUCCGUCCUGGCCCAAGACUUUCGAGCUCCUCAAAACCCGUAUCAUCUCCGCUCUAGGCCCAACAGCCGUCUCGCUAGAGCACGUCGGCUCGACCAGCGUGCCGGGCCUGCCAGCCAAGCCCAUCAUCGACAUGGACCUCAUAGUUGAGGACGUGCUUGACGAGGCCGCGUACGUGCCGCAGCUUGAGGCGGCAGGGUUCCACUUCCUCUUACGCGAGCCGGGAUGGCAUCAACAUCGGUUCUUUUGCGGGUAUGAGCCUUCAGCGAACCUACACGUCUGGGGGCAGGACUGUUCCGAGGCCGCGCGGCACAAGAUCUUUCGAGACUGGCUGUCAAAGACACCGGCUGACAGGGAGCUGUACGCCACGAUGAAGAGAGAGGCAUCGGCGGCAUCUCGUAAAGCUAACGAGUCAAUGGAUGAAUACACUGAGCGAAAGAACGACUGCGUUCGACAGAUUCUAGAGAGAGCAUAUCGAGAUCUGGGCUAUAUUCAGUAG